AUGACCCCCAGCUCGUUAGCGUUCCGCCACCGAGGCAUGGCCGACAUGGACAUGUCCUACGAACAAGAUCGACACGAGUUCAUGCAACAAGUAUACGGUUACCACGACGACCUCGACAGUUACAACGACGAUCUAAUCACACAAGAGCUGGGCAGCGUAAUCUCCCAAGAAGGGCGCAUCAUUACAUUCCCCAAUACCCUGCAACACCAGGUCUCUCCAUUCUCCUUGGCCGAUCCAUCCAAACCGGGCCACAGGAAGAUCCUUGCACUUUUCCUCGUUGAUCCGCACACGCGGAUUAUCUCGUCCGCGAAUGUACCCCCGCAACGCGAGGACUGGCGACCAAGCACGCAGAAUCGGGGCUCCGGUGCGCAGCAAGUCCUGCAGGGAGAAGGGGCGAACUCGAUUACCAUGGAAGAAGCCAAAGCGUAUCGGGUCGAGCUUAUGGCAGAGCGAGGGCUGCAGUCUGAAAAGAGUAAUGUUGCAUACCAGAUGGGACAUUUCCAUCUCUGCGAGCAUUAA